AUGUACAAUCAAUUACGACGGGGCACUAUUAGACAGAAACAAAGUUCUUUGAGAAUAUCGUUCAAGAGAUAUUCGAAGAUAUGGGAAAUUAUUUUCACGACUUUUAUGAAAACUGUCAAUUUCGCCAUCAGUUUCCCGGUAGUGGUAUUGUUAUUGCUAGUCAUACCAAUCACUCUUGUGUUCAAAUGGAUAGUGUCUAUGGCUCAUCGAAUUGCUUGUCUAGGAGGUAAUUUAUAUUUUAUGUGUAUAUAAUAUAUAUCGUUUAAUACGUAAAUAUAAAUAAAAGUACACAUAAAAUAUUUAUAUUUUCUUUUUUCUUUUUAAGCAUUUACUUAACAAUUUAUAGUUUCUAUUAUUUUAUACACCUACAACUUUAUAUCGUUAAAAAUAAAUGUAGAUUUGGACUUUUUUUAUAUUAUGUAUGCAGUAUAAAGGGUCGAAAUUACUAUUACCAUAAUAUAUUACCAAACAAAUAAAUAAUUGGCGAUAUUAUUUUAUAAAUUGACUUUAAUAUAACGAUUUUUUUAUAUUCUGUGUGUAACAAUGGUGUACUAUACCUAUAUACAUAUAUAUGUCUGUAGUAUUUAGUUUUAUACUAUUGUUUGAGCUUUGCUUUGCUAAUUUUUAUUGUUAUAUCUGUAACAACCUUUUUGUCUUAAAAUCAUGCUGUAACAAAUCAAUUUUAAAAACAUUUUGUUAGUAAAUUUUGUCUAGUUGGAAAAAUAAUCACGGGGAUCUAAAACGUACCCUUUUCUAAAUGUGCAGGUACAAUUACUACAAUAGUUUCCAAAAUAUUUUGGCAUGUUUUAAGUUAUUAAUAGCUAUUUAAAAAUUUUCAAGUUUUAGAUUCUAAGUGAAGCGUGGCAUGUAUUGGAUUGACAAUGCUGUUUAUUUUUUUUAAUUUUUACAUUGUUAACAAAAUUUCUACCAGUAAUCUUGUUCUGUUUUACAAGUAUAGCCCCUUUUCUGAAAGGAAAUUUUAUCUAAUUGCUACCUUAAAAUGGUUAUUUUUUUGAAUUUUUAAGUAGUUUUUUGAAUAAUUAUUCAAGUUCCAAAAAUAUGUAGAAAGUACGGGAAAAUAUAUAAUAAUAAUUAUUUUAUUAUUUAAAAUGCUAUUCUUUUGUUGUCACUCAGUUAAAAAUAUUUAUAGAGACUUAAAAUUUUGACGGAAAACUUAUAUUAUUUGCUUUUUCAAGAGUCGUAAAAUCUUCAAAACAUUUUUGCCAUUUUUAGCUAUUUAUAGACAUUUUAACUUUGCUAGUUUUUUACGUAAUUUUUAUUCGGUAUAGGUACACUAAGGAUAAAAUUGUUACAAUCAAUAGAAAUGCAUGGAAAUUUAACAGGAGGUUCAUAAUAAGUUGAACUUAGUGGUCAACCAGAAAAAGUUGAGUAUAAAUAGUAUUGUAGUAGUUUUGUUUUUUUAUAAAAAUUUUACUAGCAAAGUUGGACGAAAAUUGUAAAUAUUACGGCCUUUCAAAACAUGUAUAAUCGAAAUUCGCUCCGAAUCGUUUUUCGUUUACAUUGAUUUAUCGUUGGUAACAGGUGUAUAUUUAAUAACUUUAUAAUGUAUUCCAACUUCCCAACUACUCACAUACAACAGUGGCCUUCCCCGUCCCCAGGAUAUAUAUCAGGUCCUUUUUUAGUUUGAUUUUAAUAGUAUUGCAUUCAUAUUGAUUUGACUUUCAAAGGUCUUUAAUUUUGUAACCUGCAUAGUCCCUUAUAAAAACCUAUGUAUAAUAUAGUAUAUAGAUUAUAGGUAUACGUAUACCUAAUUGGUAUAUACGAAUUUUUCUAUUUUUUAUAAAAAAAAAUAUAUAGAUAAUGUGUAAGGGAUCUAUUUAUAAUACUUAAAUAGUCACUUUUUCAAUUUGAGGUAAACAAAUAUGUAUUUUUUAAAGGUUGUUUAAAAAUAGAGGGAGUAACAAAAACCAACAAUUAAAAAAAAAAAAGAGUUGUUACUGUUUAUGGGUGUGCCACUGUUGUACCAGAAAUCUUGUUUAGAUAUACAGGUACACGUGGCACCAUUUCUGAAAUAAAAAUGUUGUCCAGAUAGUACUUUUAGGAAGGUUAAUUAAUUUUCCAAGCCGUUUUCAUAAUAUUAGGAAAAAACCAGGAUAAAACGGGAAAUUUACGAAAAUAAACUUUUAUUAUUUUUCAAUUUUGUUAUUUGUUGUAAUUCAGUUAAAAAUUCGUGGUACUUGAAGUUUGGACAGAAAACUUAUUCUUGCCUUUUCUAGACGUGAUAAACAUUUCAAUAAAAUUUAAGCCAUUUUUGAACUAUUUAUAAAUAUUUUAAUUUUGCGAGUUUAUACGUAAUUUUUAUUUGAUAGGUACUGUGUAGUAAAAUUGUUAGGCUUAACAGAAAUGCGCGAAAAUUUAACAGGAGGUUCAUUAAAAGUCGUAUUUUGCGUUCAAAACAAAAAAAAUUAAUUUAAUGUAGUGUAUUUUUUUUAUAAGAAUUUUAAUAUCAAAUUUUGACGAAAACCGUUUUGAGUAAAAAAUUAUGUGGAACAAAUAUAAUUUUUCAAUUUUUUUUUUUUUAACUCAUUGAUGGACAUUACUGCAAUAGCAUUAAUAUAUAAAAUGUCUUAUUGUCUUAUUUCGUCAAUACUGCUGAAGCAGAAAUCUUUUCAAUGGUAUCAACUCAUAGAAUACAUUACGGCAGUCCAGACUGACACUUUACAUACAUUUUGGAUGUAGGUAUAAGACUACAAAAUAAAACAAUAAAAAUUAUAUUAUAAGUGUUCGUCAAUAUGUUAAACAUAUGUAUAUUACAGAUUUUAUAACGAUGGUGAAGUCAGAAUUGAGUAGACUAACUAAGUUUCGGUAUUAUAGUUAUUUAAAGUUUUAAUAUUAUGCGAAUAUUAUAUGUUAUAUUGAAUAAUUCUACAUCGUCUUUUUAAAUAUGUUUAUCGUGAUCUAAUGGUUGUACAUACCUUUUGUCAUCCUAGGGGUCACGUAAAAAAAUAUUAUUAAAGAAAAUAUAUAAUGUCUAUUUAAUUAUUUUACCUCAAUAUGACACAUAUAUAUAUAUAUAUAUAUAUUUGACAAAGUAUCACUAUCAACUGACUGCGCUCAGAAUCGUUUUUUCGUUAUCAAUGGUUUAUCGUUGCUUACAGAUAUACAUAAAAUUACCUGUAACAGUGGCUGCAGUGUUGCAGCCACCUGUAUCCAUUAUCUUAAGACGUCUUUUUAAAGUAUGUAUUAUAUAUAACUAUUGUAUAUAUAUGCUAGCUAUAUAGUGGACAUAUACAUACUUUAAUUUGAUGACAAAUUAUCUAGGUAAUUUAUCUGUCUGAUUAGUCUGCCUCAAACCCUGACUGAUGGCACCGCCUAGGAAUGUAGGCGGACCCGGUGAAGCAAUUGCUAACGCGGUCUUGUGGAAUUUAUUGGAAAAGGGGAGAAAGGUUAUUUAAAAAGUAGAUUUUUUUAUUUAAAAUUUGCAAGUGUAUCCAAAAUAAAUACAAAUGCAAUUUGAUUAUUUAAGGGAGUGUAUAGAUACAUACCGAUAUUGGGAUAUUAGGAAGUAUGUCUAAUUUCCCACCGUAUUGGUUUAAAACUUAUGAAAAAUAAAUGUAUUCCAACCCAAUCGAAAACAUAGGCACUAUAUGUUAUUUUGUGUUUGCCCUCAUGUGAGGUAUUUGCUCGGUUAUUGAUGUAUUGGAAAUCAAAUAACGAAUUCAGUUUUGUAACUUUUAACCCAGAAAACUUCCAUUCUUUAUGGACUAUACAUACGUUUUUCAAUUUCCGAUAGAUAUCUUUCAUCACGCUGUACAACAGACUCUAUAUAAAUUAUGAAAAAGGCAAGUUGUAAAAAUAUCGAAAUUGGUAUCCGAAUUUGGAAAAUUAUAUGUGAAAAUGUGAUAGGAACUAUACAAAUUAUUAAAAGUGAAAUACUUAUGUAAAGCAUUCAAAUUGAAACAAAUUAAUAUCUUCAUUAAACGUUAGGAAAAAUGUCCAAAUAAAUAUUAAUAAUAAUAAUAUUCCAUUAUUUAUUAAUUCAUCGUGAUAAACAUUACUAUAUUUUUAAAAUAACUUUUAAACUUAGCUACAACUGGAAUAUUAACCGGUAAGUAGGUACUAGAUACCUAUGUUUUGUUUUUAUGAUAAUUACUAGAUAUACUAAUAAUAAAUUAACGUUUUUUUUUUCGAUUAAUUUCUCUUCAAGCUUUUAGUAUACAUUUUAACUAUCUUAAUCUGAUUUAUUAUUACAUUUUUUUCUUUAAUUGACUGUUCUAGUGUCAUGCUUGUUUAUUUGUAUAGAAUACCGCCACGUAAUGAUCGAAAUAAUUGAAUGUCUAUGUUAUCGAAAUAGAUACAGAUAUAUUUAUUAAAAUUCAAAAUCAUAUUACUAUAUUUAGUAUUUAUGAUUUUCAUCAAAAUUUUUGUUAAAUUCUUAUAAAAUAAAUUCUAUACUACACUCAAUUUUUUCUUGUUGGCCACUAAGUACAUCUUAAAAUGAACCUCCUGUUAAAUUGUCAAUAGAGCACCUUCCGAAUAAAAAUUACGUAAAAACGCGAAAUUAUAAUGUCCUUAAAUAGUUUAAAAAUGGCUAAAACGUUUUAAAUAUUUUACCACGUCUUUAAAAGGCAAAUAAAAUAUUUCUGUUUAAAUGUCAAGUCUUUACAAAUAUUUUUAACUGAAUCAUAACAAAUCACAAAAUUGAAAAUAAUAAAUUUUGUACAUUUUCCGGUCUUUUCUUGGAUUUUCCCAUUGGAAAAACCACUUGAAAAAAUCAUAAAAUUACCUCCCCAGAGUACCACCUAGAUAAAAAUUUUUUUCAAAAAAAGGCAUUUCAAGUAAUGUUGUUUACAGGAAAAAAAAUAAACAUGAUUGUAAAACCAAUACAUUCUUCGCUUCAAUCAGAAUCUAAAAUGAAUCUUCCCGAGAGAUGAUAUAAAAUUAAAGAAGUACAAUUUUCAAAACUUGGUUCAUAAUUAUGGAACUAAAAUGUAAAUACCUAUUUCCUUUUAAUAAGAUAAGAAAAUUUUUAAAUGUUUAAAAUUUUUUAAUAAGGAUUCGAGACUCUAUAAUAUAGCUAUUCCAGAUCUUACAGGAAAUAGGAAUGGAUUUUAAGAAUAGAUAAUUGAUAUAUUAUAUUUACAGACAUCAGACAGCAGAAAUAAGAAGAGUACAAAUCAGCAAAAGCAAAAAUUCUGAAAGGUAUUAGACAAAGAUAUCCCUGGUUACAGAUGUUGGUUAACUUAUACGAAUUAUAUCGGAACAACCAAUUAAAGAAAUAAAAAAAAGCUCAAUAGACAAAAAAUAGGAGUGCUAGUCGGAUGUGAACUUAAACAAAUGCUCAGGCUCGCAGACGAUAUUGCCUUAAUCAAUAACGAAAAAUAUGUAGAGAUUGUAAUAAGAAAGAUGAAGAAAUGCUUUGAAGAAUGUGAUCUGAAGAUAAACUGACAAACUGCUAAAGUUAUGGUAUGCAAAUAAUAAACGAAGAUACAAACUCCAAAUUCAAAUUGGAAACAACUAUUUAGAACAAGUAUACAGAAAUAAAUAUCUUAGAAGUCUAAUCACCCAUGAUGGCAACUAUUAAUUAAACAAUUGAUUAAAGUGUUUGUGUGGAACGUGGCCUUAUAUGAAUCAGAAACUUAAUAAAGAGAUAAACUAAGCAGGAGAAAUAUAUGUAAACAGUUUCAAAAUGUGGUGCUGAUGGAGGAUACUGAUAGUUAACAGGAUGGAAUUCAGGACUACUGAACUUAGAACUUAAUGUAACUCAUUGUAUUUAAUAUAGUAGGUAAACCUAGAGGAUUAUUAAGAUAAAUCAAAGAAAAAAGAUAGAAACUAAUAAUUGGACAUACUUUAAGACAUGAAGAUGAAUUACAUCAUAAAAUAGUUAGGACAAGUUAAAAUCAAUAGCUAUAGAAGAUGUCCAAGAAUAACACUAAUCAACAGAGUCAUUAAAGCUAUUAUAGGUCCUAUAGUAUAGGAACCUGAAGAGAUUGGACAAUAAUAGAGAAGAGUAGAGAGAAUAUGAAACAAUGCUAACCUUAGGGAUCAAUACAACAGAAGACGACAAGAAUAUAUUUGUUGAUUAAUCAUAAAUGUUUCUAUUUAUUAGUGAUAGUUCUCUGUAGUCUCCGAUCUCGAAUGCUUUUUAAAAUUGUUUUAAUAUUUAAAAAAUUUGUUUAUAUUGAAGUUUAGGUACCUAAUUUUACUGGCUAUACAGAACCUAUAUACUUCUAUAGAACCUGGUUAAUUUUCUGACUUAAUUUACACCUAUAUUUUCACUACAUUUUUAAUUAGAUAAAUCAAACUAAAAAUAAAAAUAAAUUUAUUAUAUUAUAUUAUGUAUUUAUUAUUAUGGGACUAGAGCGCAGUAGAGUGAUAUGACAACUGGAGUAUGAAAAAAGCUACAGGAAGUAUGGAGGAUGAAACCCAAGAACUUGAAGGCCUGGUAACAAACAAUUUCAAUGUGUUUAAUAGGAGAGAGAGUAAGAGUGAGGGUAAAUCCAAGUUCGCAUAUUGAAUCUCACCAGCUCGCUUGAUAGGCACAUUAUGAAUGUGGUAAGGAUAGAUUAAUGGCUUUCAGGAAUGAGAGAAUGUGAAGACUGAGCAUUUUUCAUUGAGAGACCAAGGGACUCACUCCAAGUAACCAAACGGUGCAGGUCGUUUUAAUAUAAGAAACAAUCAGAAAGGGAUGAAAUAUGAAGAAUAGUUUCAUGUAAUCAGCGAAGAUUGAAAGCUAGUAACAGUAAAGAAUUAAAGGGGCAGAAUUUGUAAAAAGAGCAAUUAACAUAGGAGAUAGUAAAGACUUUAGUGGGACUCUGGAAGAAAAAGAAAAAAAGAGAAGAAUUGGAGCCAUAGACAGUUACAGAGAGUAUCUGAUUAGUAAUUUAUGAAUAUGUAACCAGAAUAGUUAAAAAUUACCGAUAGCUAAGAGGUCGAAGAUCUUUGUCAGGAGGAACGGGUCGACGCAAUCAAAAGUUUUGGAGAAGUCUGUAUAGAUCUAGUCUAUUUGUCCGUGGGUGUGGAAGGAAUUAUAUAUGUAUGACGUUAGGAUGACAUUGCAUGUAGGUGUUGAUCAUUCCCGGGUAGAAGUCAUGUUAUUUAUCCACUAAAAUGUGGGCAAGGGAAGCUCGGAAAAAGUUGAAUGAAGAGAAAUAAUUAAUAUUUCGUAAAAUAUUCAUGUAGUUAUUAGUAUUUUGAUACCUACCUAUCUAACUAUACCUAUCUACUUUACUAACUAAAUUUAUAUUUAUUUGUAUUAAAGUUUUAGGAAAUUUAAUGACGAACAACGAGAUUCGGUGGCUGGGUGAUUAUUGGCGUCAUUCUACAGUGUUCGCAAUUUUUAUCCUAGACUCCGAAAUCGAAUUACGGUUUAUACAACAGCUUAUCAUCAAUAAAGUAUUGCCGCAAUGUCCUAGAUUAACUGAAAAACCAGUUGUGUUAAAGAACCUAUUUGGAAAUUCGUAUUGUUGGAUGUCCGAUCGUAAUUCAUUUGACAUUAAUCAGCACGUUUUCAAAUUAUACGGCGACCCGAUGGAAAAAUUCGAACUUCAAGUAAAUAUUGUACUGUACUUACCCUGUAUUUUAGUCGUUAAUUCAUUUUUAAAAUUUUUAAUACUCUUAAAACAAAUAAUACUAUGUAUCAUACUAUCAUGUCAUGUAAUGUAUGAGUAAUUAGUUUAUAUUGAUUAUUAUAUUAUUUUAGAGAUAUAUUGGGAAAUUAGUUUCUGAUGGUUUAUCAACAGAGAAACCGCCUUGGGAAUUGCACUUACUAACUCAAUACGAUGAAUUAAUGCCUGGAAAACGUGACGCUGUGGUUGUAUUUCUUGCUCAUAGAUGUUUAGCAGAUUGGACAUCAUUGGUCAAAUUAUUGUGUACUUGUUUAUCGGAUACAAAACCAUAUUACCAUAUUUCUGAAGUAAAAUUUCACCUUGUCAUAAUAAUAUGACAAUUAUGAUAAUUGAAAUACAUAUUUGUAUUUUAGAACCCGACCAAAAUGAGGUAUUGGGCAAGUGUAAUGAGGACUAUAAUGACCGGUCCAGCAGAAUUAUUGUGGAAAAUGAUAACUCCCAUAAAAGAAAACGAUAUAGUGGCUCCAGAUCCCUUGUCUUUGAACUAUAAUGUGCGUUGGUCUUGUUUACAAGGUGCUCUCUCUAAAGUAAAUAGAAUCAAUCAAGUGACUAAAACCCCUAGUAGUUAUGUGGUAUUAUCUGCUGUUGCUGGAUCGUUGCAAAUUAUGAUGAAGGCUAUUGGAGUACAACAAUUGGAUAACAUGAAUGUAAUAAUUUAGUAAUAUUAUUUUAAAAUUAAAUUUUUUUUUUCAAUUCAAACUGUUAUUAUAUUUAUUAAAUAUAAAGAUUGUGUACCCUGUGCAAACUGGGAGCACGGACCACUCGUCUCCAGUUCUCAUUCGUCUACCAAUAGGUAUUGAAGGUGCCAUUCCAAGGUUAUGGUAUACUAAAACAGCAAUGCAAAACAUGUAUCAAUCGGAUCAAGCUUUAUUACCAGCAAUUGUUUCCUUGUUAAUGCCACUUCAUUCUUCGGGCACCAGAACCCUGUUAUCUGAACUUACAGACAAUUUGGUAGAUCAUUAUUUGUACAUAUUAGGUUUUAAAGAAUAUAAAUUGUUUAAAAUAUGUGUCAAUAUAAUACAUUAUUUGUUCAGGCUUAUUUGCAAUUUAGUUGGUUGUCUGGUCCAAGGUCAAGAAUAAUAAUAAAAGGAUCUCCAUUAAAAACAGUUUAUUCUAUACUGCCAUCUCAAAAAACUAUAGGUGUUUCAAUUUCAGUGUUUACUUACACUGAUGAUAUAUUUAUUAGUGUUACAGCCGAUAGUGCAAUUAGCGAAGGAUUCAGUGAAACUUUAUUGCUCAAUAUAGAACAGCAAAUUGACCAGGUGUAUGAUUUGUUAAGAUGCAGGAGAAUACCUAAAGAAUUAAAGAAUGGUAUUUCAGUAUCUAAUAAUUGUAAAGAUUUAUCAUUGAUUGAUAUUAAAGAGGUAAAUUUUGUAAUAAAAAUAUAUAGGCAUUAAUUAUGGCUAUCUGUGGUAUUAAUGUUUUUAUAGUUAACUUUAAACAUAAUUAUAGCUUAUAGAGAAAAUGAAAAAUAUUCAAUUACAAGUUCAAAUGGCAAACGAAUUAGGUAGCUGCUAUAACAAUGAUGGGCAAAGACAUAUUAAUAAAAUCAAAGCGGAAUAUUCAAUUUUACUUCGAGAAUUACGUAAAAGGAAGAAUUCAAAUAAGAGGAGACAUCUUUUUAAAAAUAUUAAUAUUUUAGGAAGGAAAAAAUCAUCAAAGGUAUUAAUUAUUACAUUAUAAAUGAUUUAAUAAAUAUAUUAUAAUGUAUUAUACUAUGUUACAUAUAUAUUUACUGAUUAUAUGCUUGGUUAAUUUUAUUAUUGAUGAUUAAUCUAUAGUAAAAUAUAAAUAUAAGAAUGCAUGGUAGGUAUUUCAGAAAUUUUGAAACUGCACAUAAUAUUGUAAUACUAUAUUGAACUUAGUUUUAUGAUUUUUUUUUUUUUUUUCAAAACCAUUAUUAAUUUUCUAUUUUAUUUUGUCUUGAGUACCUACAUAUUUAAGAAAAAAUCAAAAUAAUUCCACAUGUUAUUUUUUAAUUUAGUCUAGUUACAAAAAAAAGCAAAUGACGCCACUGGAAACUACAAAAAAUAUACAAGAAUCAACUAGUAUAUUUAUCGCACAAUCUGCUCAAGACUGCCGUCCUAAAACACAUAUUUGUAGGAGUACUGUAUAUGCUAAAGAUAAUUUUUUAGGAUUACCCAAGUUACCCUGCAGAGAACAACUGCUCACUCAGAUAUAA